GGGAGCCUGAGAAGGGAAAGGGUGAAGCUUGGGAAUGAGAGGGGCCUGGCUGCCCACGGCGGGGCAAAGGGUCACCUCCCAUGGGAACACAGGCCCCGACCUCACCUCUGCUCAAAGUGCUCAGCCUCAGCUUCACAGGACUGGGCCGGGCUGAUUGCGGGGAAGGGCUGGGGGAGACGGAAGGGCAGCGCGUUGUUCAGGUCCCCGCCGCAACGCGGUGGUCCUCGCUGGAAGCUCUCCCCGAGGGGGCGGCCCCCUGCCAGGUCGGUGAGCUGUGCCUGCAGGCAUCGCCCCAGAAGCCUAAAGUUCCCCUGGUCAACGUGAGCCUCUACUAUGAGGCGCUGUGCCCUGGCUGCCGGAUGUUCCUGAUGCGAGAGCUCUUCCCGACGUGGCUGAUGGUGUGGGAAAUCCUCAACAUCACCUUGGUGCCCUAUGGGAACGCUCAGGAAAGAAACGUCAGUGGCAAGUGGGAGUUCUCAUGCCAGCAUGGUGAGCGGGAGUGCAAGCUUAACAAAGUGGAGGCCUGCCUGCUGGACCAGCUGGAGCCGAAAACAGCCUUCCUGACCAUUGUCUGCCUAGAGGAAAUGACUGACAUGGAGCAAAAUCUGAAGCCAUGCCUGCAGAUCUAUGCGCCAAAGGUGUCCCCGGAUUCCAUCAUGGAGUGUGCUCUAGGGGACCGUGGCACGCAGCUCUUGCACAAAUAUGCUCAGCUCACGGAUGCUUUGCGGCCACCCCACACAUAUGUGCCCUGGGUCGUCGUCAAUGGGGAACACAUGAAAGAAGAUGAGCAUCUCCUACCCCUUGUCUGCCGCUUGUACCAGGGCCAGAAGCCAGAUGUCUGCCAACCCACAGCUGACCUGUCCAAGCAAGUCCACUUCAAGUGACUGACAGCCGGUGUCCUGGGAGGGAUCUGGUGCAAGAAGAACGAAAUCACACCUGUCCUUGUUUUUUGAUCCCUGACUCAGCAAAGCCACUACUUCUACCUAUUCUCAAAAUUCUGCCCCAGGAUCAAGAAUCUUGCCUAAAAAAAAAAAAAAAAAA